GAAGAGAGACAAGUGGGAUAUCUCUGGACCCAUCACACGGCACCAUGCACCGCCUUCCCAGCUCGCUUUUAAUACCCAUCUUCCUGGUCCUGGCCGCGCACCCCUGCCUGUUGCCCGCCUCCAGCGCGAGACCCUUGAGCUGGGACCACCCCGUCUCUAAGAUUGCCUUUGGCAGCUGUAAUUCCGAAACACUCGAUCAACAAAUAUUCCAGUCGAUCGCAAAUGCCAAACCAGACCUCUUUAUAUGGCUGGGAGACGCUAUUUACGCCGACAGACCGAUUUGGACAACAUGGUGCUGCACACCGCGACUCGAAAUAAUGAAAAAAAAAUAUUCACUCCAGCGCGAAAGCCCGCCUUAUGCUAACUUGGCCAAAAACGUCCCCAUCGUCGGUGUCUGGGACGAUCACGACUACGGAGAAAACAACGCCGGCAAGUCAUUCGCGUACAAGUUGGAGAGCCAACAACUCUACCUGGAUUUCUUAGAAGAGCCGUCAGACAGUCCGCGUCGAAAAAACCCUGGUGUAUACACCUCCUAUGACCUUCCCGGCCCAGAUAGCGACGCAGAUAUUAAAAUUAUUCUGCUAGACGUCCGAUUCAACAAACCAGACCUUUUUGAAGGCGAAGACUUAUUAGGAGAAGAACAGUGGCGGUGGCUAGAACAAGAAUUGUCUCAAAGUCGCGCAAAAAUUCACAUCAUUGGAUCCGGUAUUCAAAUCUUACCUGACAACUUAAUUAUUCAGGAAUAUUGGAACACUUAUCCAUCAAGUAGGCGUAGGCUUUUCGAAUUGUUCAAGACAUAUAAAACGCCGAACGUUCUCUUAAUCUCUGGUGACGUUCAUCACGCAGAAAUACUAAAAAUUCCAAAUACAUGCACACACAUAGGCCAGGACGUGUACGAAUUCACUUCAAGCGGCCUGACACACACCUGUACCAACUUGCUCGGCCCUGCCUGCAAAUGGAUUUUGAAACACAUUCAACAAACGCCUUACCACAUCGAUAAUAGCCAUUAUGUCGAACUCAAUUGGGGAGAAAUUUAUAUCAACUGGGACAAAAAAAAUGUCACUCUCUAUAUACGUGACAUCUCAGGAGAUGCCGCAUACAACCUGACCUAUCCGUUGAAUCAGGAAGUACAGACCUCCCUCGUUCAUGAAUCAUCAUACGACCAAGAUAACUCUACUUUCUUCAUCUGUGAUCGACCAGCUAGAUUCUAUCACCAAAUACCACUCAAAUCUUGGCUCCAAAUGUUUAUUGUUUUGAUUCUUUUCAUCCUCCUAAUAGCUUUUUCUGUAUAUCUUCUCAUCAGAGAAAAACGAGCACACCCGCAUUCGAAAAACAGUUAUACUAAUCUUCCCUGUUCAACUGACUCAACUAAAAAAAAACAAACCUAA